UAAUUUCAUCCGGGCAGCUUCCUCCUCGCUAUUAAAAGUGCGCUUAGAACAACAUCUUAAUUUUAAGGCCAACGUGUCGUGUUUCAGUAACACCAACAAAGUACUCGUAUGGAGUUGCUUAACCGUUUAACUUUAACUCCAGACUAGCCACUCAACUAACGUUCUAGCAAAUGUGUUUGUCUAUGCACCCCAGUCUAGCUAGCUAGCUAACUCAAGUGCCUAAAUUCGCAGGAAUGAACCAUAAAAGUAAGAAGAGGAUCAAAGAGGCGAAGCGGAGCGCCAGACCUGAGCUGAAGGACUCUUCAGACUGGACGAAACAUGAUUAUUGCGAGACUUUCGAUGUGUCACACCGCUCAGUGAAGGACAAUGUUGAGCGUGUGGACACCCUGCGUCUCAGCGCAGAGGAGUUCAUCCAGCGCUUCGAGAGGCCCUACAAACCUGUGGUGCUGCUCAACUGUCAGGACACCUGGCCCGCCCGCGAGAAGUGGACCAUGGAGCGCCUCAAACGUAAGUACCGCAACCAGAAGUUCAAGUGUGGUGAGGACAACGACGGUUACUCUGUGAAGAUGAAGAUGAAGUACUACGUGGAGUACCUGGAGUCCACACAGGACGACAGCCCACUCUAUAUUUUCGACAGCAGCUACGGCGAGCACGCUAAGCGCCGUAAGCUGCUGGAGGACUACCAGGUGCCAGUUUACUUUAGGGACGACCUCUUCCAGUUCGCCGGGGAGAAGCGUCGUCCUCCUUACAGAUGGUUUGUAAUGGGUCCUGCCCGCUCUGGCACUGGCAUCCACAUUGACCCGCUGGGUACGAGUGCCUGGAAUGCCCUGGUGCAGGGGCACAAGCGCUGGUGCUUGUUCCCCACCCACACGCCCCGGGAGCUGAUCAAGGUGACCCGGGAUGACGGGGGCAACCAGCAGGACGAGGCCAUCACCUGGUUUAACGUGGUGUACCCACGCACCCAGCAGCCAACCUGGCCUGCUGAGUUCAGACCCCUGGAGAUUCUGCAGGGACCAGGGGAGACCGUGUUUGUCCCUGGAGGCUGGUGGCAUGUGGUUCUCAACAUUGACACCACCAUCGCUAUCACUCAGAACUUUGCCAGCACCACCAACUUCCCGAUCGUGUGGCAUAAAACUGUGCGGGGCCGGCCCAAGCUAUCGAGGAAGUGGUAUCGUAUCCUGAAGCAAGAGAGGCCAGACAUGGCUACCCUGGCAGACAAAGUGGACCUCCAGGAAUCAACUGGCAUCGCCUCGGACAGCUCCAGUGACUCUUCCUCCUCCUCUUCCUCCAGCUCCUCUGACUCAGACUCAGAGGCUGAGUCGGGCUCGGAGGGGGAUGCCAUGUCUCACAGGCGGAAGAAGAGGAAGACGUGCAGUAUGAUAUCCAACGGAGACAGCAGCACCAAGGACGACUGUGUCAGCAAAGAGCGCAGCUCCUCCCGGUGACCCCCUCGUUCCGCCCCGCCUCGCCAAAAGGCCACACCCAGGGGGACUCUCGCAUGAAGAGCGGCCAAUUUGUUUGUUUUCAUUUGUGUGUCUCCAAAGGAGAGUCUGGUGGCCCUCUGUCAGUCUGUUGGAUAGAUAAGAGAGUCAACCUACCCCUAGGCUGUGAUAAAGGAGAUUCCCCCUGAGGCGUGGACCUGCUGGAGGUUUAUCUGCCACCGCUCAGCUUCUAGUCAAACGUCAAUCUAUAUUGCUGUUGCUUGUGGGGUGUGGGAAGAGCAGUAUUUCAGUGCGAGGGAGGGGUGCUGACCUUUGGAGAGAGGUGGGCUGUUGCCUUGUACACCAGGUACUGGGUCUGAGGCAGGGAGCCUAUCAGGCUGGCCUGUCUCCUCUACAGUGCCAUGGUCUUAUGUUGCUCAGUGGGGAAAAGUUUUCUAUUCACAGUGAGAUGAUGGAAGAAUGGAUAGAUAGGUGUGCUUUGGAUUGACUUUACUUUGCAGUAUAUGGGAUGUCAGUUGAGUUUUAUCAUGGCAGAGUUAACCAUCUAGAUAUUAAAGGGUACUGUGAGUUUUGUAAGUUGAUACUGAAUGACAGGGUAAGGGUGGAGGGAGAUGCUGCCUUCUUAGACUGCAAAAAAGCCACUGAUUUCAUAUUUUUUAUUUAACAUUUCUGCUUUCAUCCUCUGGGCUUCUUUUGCUAGUAACAGUUGAACUGGUAUGCGUAUGUCCUGCAAUCAAUACAGUUAAUUCAGUUUCAGUUAAUUAAAUUAAAUGGUUAGCAAAUCAA